UCAAUUCCAAAACUCACUUAUCCAAAAUCCUUCUCUGCAGGUAUUACAAAUGUUGUCACUCCUCCCCGCUCUCAAGCUCCUCCUCAUCUCCACCGGCGUUCUCUUCGCCGCACAUGGAGUCCAUGUCUCAGUUCCUGUUAUCACAGACUUCGUGGUCACUCACGUGUCCCUCACAUGGCACCUCAUCCUCUCGUGCCAGCAGCUAAACCCACCCUACCUCUUCCUCCUCCUCAACGCCAUCAUCAUCACCAUAGCUGCCUCCACAAUGUUCCAUAACUCCCUCCCUCCUCCUCCCUCACACACUCCGCCGCCACCACCUCCUCCUCCUCCUCCUUACAUAGCAGAAGAUGAAGAAGAAGAAGAAUAUCCACUGCCUGCACCCAUUGAUGUGAAGGCGGUGGUGGUUAACGGCGUGUCCACGGAGGAAGACGGAUUUAUAACGGAGUCUUGGACACCUCCGUCUUCCUCCAUGUCGAUACCUCCGUUCUCCUUCCCAGAUUCACCUCCGGACUCUGCGGACGUGAAUGCACCUGCGAUGGAGGAUGUGUGGAGGGCGAUAACGGAGUGUCGUCAUCAGAAAAUGAAGAGAUCGGAGGCCCUGCUUGAUGAGAGGAAGAGGGAGAGACUAGUAAGGAGGACAGAGCCGAGUCGCUACGAGUUGAACCAGCGCGUUGAGGAGUUCAUAAGGAAGUUCAAUGAGGAGUUGAGACUGCAGAAGAAGCAUGACCAUGACUCAAUUUCGGAAUCGGAGCAAUAUGGAGAUUAUGAUCAUAUACAGUUUGAUCCGCCACCUCUUUCUGUAUAGUGGAGAUAACUACUAUUAUUAUUAGAGAAAGUUCU